AAACGUGAAUUAACACGUUCAGUGCCACCGACUCGCCCGGCGAGUUCACGUAAAUUUUAUUCCAGUGCCGACGACUCGCCUGGCGAGUUCAGUGUUUUUCACCAAUAUUUCGAAAAUGCAUCCGUAUUUUCUGCUCAAAAUUAUAGUUUAGACUAAAUAUAUGCUAAACUAAAGAUUUACGAGGUGGGCCGGGUGCGGAGACCCCGUUUAUAUUUGAAUGGAAAAAAACUAUUCUGCAAUGCCUUGAACUCGCUAGGCGAGUUCGCUGCCAUAGAUCCUCAACCUUUUAAAGUAAAUAUGUCGCGACGUCAACAUAGUAGCAAGGACUACCUACAUACUUGUGAUAUGGAACCAAUAUACCACAAACUACAGUGGAAUCUUAAUAACUCGAAUGUUAAGGGAAAUGCUAACAAUUUCGAACGAGUUAUCGACUUACCAAGAACUUCGAGAUACAUAUGAUUUAAAUGCGCUGAAACUUCGACUUAAAAAUUAAUACUGACGGACAAGCUCCGUUAAAAGUAAUCGUGUCGACAAGGAACAAACAUAACACAGCUGUGUUACUUAUAAAGUUUUAUGAUUGUUUUCAUUCAUUGCACGUGUAUAAGACAAAAACAAUAGAUUAGAAGCCCCGAACCCGAACAUUCAUUUUGGAUUUUAUUGCUAUUAUUUCGGGGAAUUCCAAGUAAGACGUCAUUAUAUUGUACUAACUACGACUUACGGAGUCUCCUUUUAGAAAUUCGAGUUAUAGAGUAUUACAUAAAUAUGUACUAUCAAUACUUCGUUGCCAGCCUUAUACGGCCCGGCGACAGCAAUUUGGAUGCUGCCUUUUAUAUCUAGUUUAUUUUCCUUUAUUUUUCCUUUCCUUAUAAAUUUAGUUAAAUAGAUUUUUUAUACACAAUGUUUUAUAUAAGUAAUAAUAUAGUUUUUAAUUUAAUUGUAAUUUUAAGAUAGAUUUAAUUUUUUACCCUGUUAUUAAGCCAAGUAAGAAUAUAUAAUAUAUAAAUACUUCGUAGGGAAAUAACAUUUUGUUCAAGUUAUAUAGUCUUAAUAAUUUAAGAUAUCGCGUAUCUAGGGGUUCAGUGGAAGGGAAUGGCAAUUCUUUUCGACUUAACGAGGUUCGAGUUAUAGAGAUUCCAUCUUAGUUUCAUUAGAAUAAAAAACAAGCUUAAGAAAUACAGAGUUAUCAUAAUAUUUGAGAUCACAUAAAUCUUGUGGCUUUGCAAAGGGUUGAAAAUGUUUUUUUAUAAAGGGUCGGCAUUGAUAAAGCUGCUGGCAAAAAAACAACAGCGCGCCGCUGUUUUUGAAGAACAAAAGCACUGAUAACAUUGUUUUUUGCGAAGCUCUCAUUGGCUAAUGUUAAAUCGCACUCCAAGAAUGCACUUGCAACUAAAUAUUCAAUUUCAGUGCUCUGUACGACCCUUUCGUCAUCGCAUGCGUUUAUCUGUUCUCUACUUUAGUGACCUGGCUUACAUUUACUGGACUCCCGUGUUUUGAUUACCUUGGCUUGCGAUUACUGGACUUGUUUGAGUGCUGUUUCGACUAUACCUUUGCUUACGAUUACCGGACCUGUUAGAUACUGUUUGAACUACUUUGGCAAACGUUUACUGGACUUUGAGUGUUCUCGUGUCUACCUUAAGUUGCCACAGCUGGAAUUUUGAAAAUCGGUUAUGGAUUCUUACGACAACCCAGUACCUGGAACUUCUCAUUCCUGGGACGAUCCUGCUUGGAAUACCCUCCACAUCGAGGAGACACUCGCAGUUAUGGAUUCGUUUAUCGAAGAACCAAACAGAGAAGAAACAAAUUUACUUAUCCAUUCACCUCAAUAUCCAAUCACGGAUUCUGAAUUAUUGGGGAUAUUGUCAGAAAAUGUAUUGGAUGAAUUGGAGACAGAUAAUGAUGGUGACUCUGAUCCCGAAUUUUUCGAAAAUGCACAUGAAAAUGCUCAAGAAGACUAUGUUACGCCUGGUGAAGCAUGGUUUCCCGGAAACCCGACAUCUAAUAUAACCGAAUUCCAAUUCCUGAAGACCCCCGGACUGAAAGAAGAUGUUGGUGAUGAGCCUAUUAAUUAUUUCGACGCAUUGUGUUCUUCUAAUCUGCUGGAAUUACUUAAAGACUGCUCCAAUGAAUAUGGAGAAAUAGAAAAAAAAUCUACCGCGGCCACAAAAAGCAGAAAAAAAUCUUGGAAGCCUGUAACCAGUCAAGAAAUGAAAUUGUUUUUCGGUCUCAUAUUUCAUAUGGGAUUUAUAAAGAUAAAUCGCUUGAAUGACUACUGGAAAAACGAUGCGUAUUUUGAUCAACCUAUAUUUGGAAGGGCAAUGUCACGGAAUCGAUUUAUUUUAAUUUUGAGAAUGUUAUGUGUGUAUGUAGGACAAGUGACGUGCAGUUAUGAUAAAGUUAAAAAUAUAAUCGAUUACUUUAAUGAAAAAAUAUUAUCUUUAUAUUAUCCAACAAAAAAAAUUACCAUUGACGAAUCAAUGAUGUUAUGGCGGGGACGAUUGUCAUUUAGACAAUAUAUGAAGGGAAAGCGCCAUAAAUACGGCCUAAAAUUCUACGCACUGGCUGACCAGCUCGGGGUUAUUAUGAAACUACAUUUAUACGGCGGUGCAUCUGAUGCUCUCGUAGGCGGCAAAAAUCACGUGCAAAAAGUAGUUGACCACUUGCUUCAUGAUUUUAUUAAUGUAGGACAUCAUUUGUUCGUAGACAAUUAUUAUACAAGCGUCAGUUUAGUUGAAAAAUUAUUUUCUAAUAAAACCUUUUGCACAGGUACGCUUCGUCAGAAGAGAAAAAAUAAUCCAAAAGAAAUUGAAUCCGCGAAAUUAAAAAAAGGAGAACUAUGCAUUGUUCACAAGAAUAAUGUUUGUGUAUUAAAAUGGAUAGACCAAAGAGAAAUAAGGGCUAUAUCAAGUAAAUAUAAUGGGGAUUUAGAACUCACGCGAAAUCGACGGGGUACUUUGAAAUUAAAGCCACAAAUGGUUAUUAAAUACAAUAAAUGUAUGAAAGCAAUCGAUCGACAUGACCAAAUGUUGUCUUAUUAUUCAUGCGAGCACAAAUCGUUGCGAUGGUAUAAAAAGGUAAUCAUACAUGUUAUGCAAAUUCUAUUGGUCAACUCCUUUUUAUUAUAUAACAAAUACAAUUCAAAAAAAUUAACAUUGUAUGAUUUCCGCUUAAGUGUAAUUAAGUCAAUAAUAGAACCUCAUUUGCCUCCCACAUUACAAAGGCCUUUAAUGAAUAAAAUUCAUUGUAUUAUGAAACUACCAAAAGAUACCCACGGCAAAACAAAGAGAAGGCGUUGUAAUCAAUGUUGGCGCACAUUAAAAAAAAGGGUUCAAACUGCAUUCGCAUGCGAAGAUUGCCCAGGUCAGCCAGGAUUGUGUAUUGAGUGUUUUAGACCGCACCAUAAAUAUUAAGAGCAUUUAUACCAUCCACUAGCAUCACUUACUAGUAAAAGCCUUUAAGAUCGUACUAAAAAUUUUUGUGUUGCCUAAAAAUGUUGAUUUAAAUUGUUUUGUGUUAUAAAAAUAAAAGUUGAUUUACAUAA